CAGACCCUCUCCAAUCGGUGAGAGGGAUAACCCGAGAAAGAGAGGGUUUACCUGGUUAUCCCUUUUCUUCCCCUCUCUCACUUUUGCUCUCUACAGAGAGAGCCCACUAUCUAUACAUACAUAUAUAACCUAUAUAUAUAUUUGCCUAUUUUAUAUAUCUAGGUAUCAGAGAAUGGAUUGUCAGUUAUCUCAAAAUAAGGAAUUGACUUCACUGCAGCAUCCACCAGUGGCAAUUGAAGCAAAUGUGAACGAGGAGCAGAAGGAGAUGGACCCACCGGCGUACAUGACAAUGGUGGAUCCUGUCCUAGUUGAGGCGCUGCAAAAUCCUCGUCAUCGCCUAACCAGUAAUUGUUGGUGCCUACUGCCUACCAUUUCGUAUGUCAUAAUUGAGAUAAUCCUUUGCAUGGAGCGUGUAGAAAAACAAAAGAAGCUUGCUAAUAGUAUUUGGUUGAUUUGCAUUAGUGUUCUACGAAUGGAACUCGAUAUACAAAAGUUCUUGCAGAAUUCUGAUCUACAGCAAUUUGAGUUUCCACACUUCCCUACUUCAUACCUUCGUCUUGCUGCACACCGUGUAGCUCAACAUUAUUGUUUGCAGACUAUGGUUCAGGAUAAUGUCAUGGAUGGCCAGGGAAUCCGUAUUUUGGUCAUAAAGAAACCAGAAAGUAAGUUCCCCGUUGUCUGUUUAUCAGAUGUACCAGCUAAACAGUCAGAAAAUGACAAACUUGAUCAAGUAAAGAUUGUGAUAAAGCCAAGGCAUUCUAACGCUUCUUCAAAUGAGAUCAAUGGAAUGGGGCUUAAGCGCAGUUCAGUUAGAACUGUGGAAGAGAGGAAGGAGGAGUAUGACAGAGCACGAGCUCGUAUUUUCAGUAGUCCAAUUAGUUCCGGGGCAGAAGAUGCAUUUGCUCGGGUUGCUUCUGUUGUGAAUAGUUUCAAUGUAGUUAAAAGCGAAGUUUCAAGGAACUUGGAUGUCAAUGAGGACAAGAGCAGUAGCAGCAGGGACAUUGGUAGUUCUUAUAGAGUAGCCAUUUUUAGGGACAAGGAGAAGGAUCUUACUGACCCUGAUUAUGAUCGCAGUUAUGAAAGAUAUGUUAAAAACGUCCCAAGCGCUCAACAUUUCAGCUCAUCACCUUUUAAUAUGCAGAAAUUCCAGCCUCCAUUUGUGCAAUAUGAUUCUUUUUUUCCCCAGCUGAGUCAGAUGCCAGUAGCUCAAACUCCCGUCAAUUAUCAAACCCCAAUUAUGAGCCCAUAUUGUGCAAUGGGAUUGAAUCAGACAUCUCGGGAUGCUUUAUAUGUGCAGUGGCCAAGUCAGUCCACGAUGCAUUCACGGUCUUAUGAUCAACUAAGACAUGCCUUUUGUCAGGUUCCCUUUCUGUGAGCAGCCCCUAAGUUUUGAUUGUUCCCUGAACCAUAGAUGACAGUUCAAAUAUCAGCUGGGAGAAUGUAUUACUGAACUAGACAGUCUUGUUCUACAUAGGGUUUAUUGAUUUAGGUCGAAGUGUCAGAAACUGUUAAACUUGAUGUUUUGAUUUAGCUUCGUUUUGCUUUUGCUUGUGAGUUUGAUCUAAGUUGGCGAACAAUUUAUGGACCAACGAUCAUUGUUUGUAUGAUAUUUUAUGAUUUCAAAAUUCUGUUGGCUUGACAUUGUGGGUGCUAUAAAUGUUGUGUUCAUU